GACGGGCUUGCAAGAAAUAAUGGUCAGAUCUGAGCAAGUCCCUUCUGUUCGUGACGUCAUUGUGUCGUGCUCUUCAGGCAGAGCACGAGCAGAGAGGAUCGGCACGGGGUUUUUCUAACGUUACCGGCCAGUUGACUUGGAUGUGCCGGCCCAUUCGCGUCGGGUAUACCUCCUCACCAGAGUCUUCUACCCGUUAUACGUGGAUUCGUUCAUAUAAUAUUCAAACCGGACUUGUUCUUUGAUAGCGGCAGAAUAUUAAGCCUGAAUUGAUUGUUUUGGAUCGUAUUUCAGAAACACGCCGUCUAUGAGUGGCUUUUGACGGUCGCACCACUCAUAGGGAGGACGAAGCAGUUGGCUCUCUACGGUGGCCUCAAAACAACAUGCACAUGAAGAGUCGCCACUCAGCAGGAAAUACAUCGUCAGAGAAAAAACCCAAGUGGUUCGAGGACGCGUUGAACACACACGAACAUCAGGCUAAGUAUUUGGAUAAGAUCCUUACAAUGAAGGAGUCCCUUGCAAGAGAUGAACAGCAACAACAGCAGCAACAACAACCGGGAGGAGGUUCACGGACCACCAGAUACAGGCAGGGCAGACGAGACAGCGGGAACAGUGAGCCAAGCUCGGCUUCAACAGGAUCUACCUUCUCGCACAGUCAAGCACCAUCUAACUCAGGUUUCCCCAAGCGAGGAGCCAAGACAAAGUCACGGGAGAUGGGGAAGGUGCGCUCCCCUCCAGAGAUGUACCCGAUUGAUGUGGUACAGGGGCGGGCGAUGUUCGACAAGGCAGCAGGUGAGACUGGUCGGGAUAAACCGGCAAGAUGGUGGCGCUCGGGAAGCCUUGACGAGAAGCACGUUAUCAAGAGGAGCUCCAAGGAUAUGCCUAAGAUUCUACCCCCGAUGGCAACUAUACCUGCCCUCGAGCGUCGUUCCGGUCACUGUGACAAGAUAAAGGGGUACACUUCAAGCUGCACGGGGUCAAAGGUCAACAGAGAGGAAACGGAGAGGGACAAGAUGAUCGACCUCAAGAUGCCUGUCAAGAAAUCAGCCAAAGCAAUGAGUCAUGUUAAAGGGUCAAACAAGGCCUCCGGGAAACUGUGCAAGUCAAGGUCAACUGAACGUCCCUUAAGGAGAACGCAGUCUUUGGACUUCCGCUGCGAACUGGCCCCAGUUCACCAUCCAAUUACCAUGGAAACAGGAGCACCGGUUGAAUCAAACCAGCAAGGCCGGGGUCGAAACGCUACAGGACCUGGUACUACAGAUCAGCCAAACAGCACUGCUCCGACAGGAGGACAUUCCCUGACAGAAUUAAUGGACAAAAUGGACGUCCUUGAGGGCGCUGUCGGUGGGUCAGCGGACACGAUGGAGUACUCAGACGCAGCCACUGUUACCAUAGCAACGCAAGACGAACCAAUGCCAGAAGAUGACCUUACAAAUUGUGCCGACACUGCUGAAGACGGGGAACCGGGUGAAUCUGACGAGAAUCGGUUCGAUACCUUCUGCUCCCUUCUGGAGAUUCCCAACCCUUGUCUUGGCAAGCAGCGGCGGCACACGCUUCCGGUCAUUAACCUGCGACCUCCAACCCCGAGGUUGAACGAUCGGGAAGAGGAGAAGGUCGACAAGCAUAUUGGAAGGAUUCUCCGGAAGGUCGUCUGCCAGUCGGUCAUCCGCAAGAAAGAACUCACCAGGCUGUGUGAGGAUAUCGAGGAAUUUAACGAGAUCAAUUCGGUCCUGUCAGAUAAUAUUCAAAGGUAAAUGAUGGAUACCAUGGCCAACUCAGUGAUGAACUCUGUGAACCCUAAUUUGCACGUAGAGCGCCCUCUGUUGAUGUGUUCCAUGUCGAGUCGAACAUAGGUUAACAAUACACACACAACUGCCGAAAUAACAACAUUAUUUUAUCGAAAUGGCGUGAUGAUCGGUUUUUGGACACAUGACACAUUCAAUGAAACAAUGAAACGACAUUCACAGGCCUGAUUUGGCACGAUUCUGUGUGUUAAACUUCUCUCCAAGAUUAAAGCUGACCUUCUCGGAAAAAAACCCAUAAAAACAAUUGGUAAUUGGCCGAAUUGAAAUCAACAUAUGAGUAGAAUUAUGAAACAUGGUAGACCCAUUACUACAUUACUACUUGGUUUCGGUAAAUGAAGAUAACAAACGAAGAUAGACAAUGUUUUAAAGGAAUUCCCUGCACACACGUCAUUAUAUGCAUAUCAUAUAAUAUGGUUUCCAGUUGCCAGAAACAAAAUAUCUUUAGUCACCUUUAUCUUUGACAGAAGCUAGCAAACACAAUCCAAGCUUGGGUCUGACACAUUACCAAUCAGGUUCCAAUUUCAAAGAGCUGCUCAAGCAAAAAAUUAGCUUAAGCACGAAAAUAGCUCGCUUAUUUUACACAUUGUUACUGGCCAAAAUGUCAUGCCAUAUACAUUGCUCGUGAGUGGUAUUUAGCUGUUUAAUAUUGAGCCGGUAAUCUGAAUUUACUAAGCAAGGAUUGUUUUGCUUUGGUUACCAUUCAUUUCCCAUCGAUUCCAGUUAAACCUCAAAUUGUAUUGAUGAACAUUGGUAACGUAUUUUUAAAAUGACAACUUCCGCCUCAUCAUUUUGAUCAUAAUCACAUUGUCAUGACAACAUGCCACAAAUUCUCAGAUUGAUUACAAGCCCUUGACGGGUAAGAUUAAUUCACCUACAUCAUCAGCACUGACCAAGUGUUAAGGUCGGUGCGAUUUUAAUAUACAAUUUACGAGAAUGCGUUUUCUUCAUGGCGGCCACAACAAUUAUCUUAAUUCAAGAUUUACCGAGUGACAAAAAGCCUUUUAGCGUUUCUUCCCUGGUGCCCCAUCACACAUUUUAAAGUAGAAACAAAAUUGAAAGUUCAGUUUGUGUAUACAUCGCUGCAAUUGUAUCCCCGUACUAUUUUCGGGCAUGAUAUUUUGUCCCUGGAGAAAGGGUAGAAAUAUUUUAGGGCUGACCACACAUUGAUGUACGCUCCGUUAAUUGAAAUUACAGGAUGAUUACAAUUUGUUUGGUUUUUCCCCAAGUGCAAAAACCUGCAAAUCAGACCAACGUAGAAAAACAUUAUGCCUGAUUUUGACUGUCCUUGUUUGUUAGUGAUAGCAGUACUUAUAUAUGAAGUAUGUCCUGAGAAAAAUUGUCCCUCGGUCACACUACUUUUGCUUCAUGCAUUGGUUUGGCUGCAUUUGCUUGUUUUUGUUUGUUUAAAGCGCAGUGGACACUAUUGGUAAUUACUCAAAAUAAUUAUUA